CCAACCAGAGCAGCGUCAGUAACGUGAUCAUUCACCGAAGAGAGAAGAGCUACCGACAGACAGACAGACAGAGAAGGUAUAAAGUGGACUGUUUCUUUACAAACCUUUGGACUAUACCGGAACACAGAAACCAGAGAAGAAGAAGAAGUAAAGCAUCUGUGAUCCCGAGUCAAACCUCCACGAAGCUCACUUUUAUCUCCAGACUCUUUCAAACACUUUAAGGACACCAUGCUGAACCUGUGCCUUGUGUUGAUUUUAUCUGCCUCCGUUUUCUCAGAGUCGCAGGUGAGGGAGACGGAGACAUGGAUGCCCAUGAAGACCACACAGACCGCCGCCAUGUCCACGACACACCGUGACAACCUGGAGUCGUCGGGAGACUCCCCCAACGGCUCCGACUUCGGCUUCACAGACGACGAAGAUCACGACAUCGGCCUGUACAACGGGGAGGUAGACGACGACGACUACUACCCCACGUACGAUGAUGAGGACGAGUACGAUGAAGACUUCUCAGGAUCCGGUGACGGAGCAACAACAACUGUGUCACCUCAACGAGAGACCAAGACGUCAGCUCAGCCAAACGUGAAUGACAACAAGAUCCCCGAGGUGGAGCGUCCGGUGCAGCCGACCGUCAACGAGGUGGAGAUCGUCCAGAACAGCAACGAGAUCCCGCUGCUGAGGAACCAGGGCGGCGAGGAGCAGCCAUCCAACGUCCUCAUGUCCCACGCCAGCGACGACAGCAUCUUCAACAAGACGGAGGUCCUCGCAGCUCUGAUUGCAGGCGGCGCCGUGGGCCUGAUGUUUGCCGUCCUUCUCAUCCUCCUCCUCAUCUAUCGCAUGAAGAAGAAGGACGAGGGCAGCUACGACCUGGGGAAGAAGCCCAUCUACAAGAAAGCCCCGACCACAGAGAUCUACGCAUAGACUCCCGAUUCCCCCCCCUCCUCCCCCCACACACACAAACACACACCUCACCCAUUUAAGAACCCAAUCAGUGCCUCAUCUUCAUCAUCAUACCUCCUCUUCCCCGGGUUUCUACGGCGGACCCCUGACAACACAAUCGAUUGACUGACUCCGCCUCCCUGAUUCCUGCUCAUGUCAUUGGUGCUCUCUUAACCAAUCAGAGGCUUUGUCUCUUCAAAGGAGCGACAGGAUUGGACGACUUCCGCUGCGGCACACGGCAGCCUUUUUUUCUUGUGCUUUUAUUUUUGUCCCCAUGUCGAGAGAAACAACAGAACUUUAACUCCUCCUCCUCUUCCUCAGUUUAAAACACUAACACUGUGCAAUGAUUUAUCUCCGUAUGGUACACGUUAACUGUCCAGUUAUUUAUUUCCCCUCCUCCACCUGUCUCCCGGACUUCUCACUUUACUGUAGCAGACCAUUUUAUGUGAACAUUUUUACGUUUUUUAAAGAACUCCUGUAACGCAGAGAGCUGUUUCUAUUAAAGAUCGCUUCAUGGUGGGCCAGAUCGAGUUUUCAGAAUGAUUUAAAGGUCAGAGAGUAAAACAUUUAGUCAUCUUCUCCUCACAGCUCUCGUGAAACGGUCACACAAAGGGUCAGGGAGUAUUUGGGAUCAUUCGGGUCAUGGUUUUGAUUUUUCAACGACCUUAAAAGACUUUGAAUCUUCGAACCUUCAGUUUGUUUUUCUUUCUCCUCAUAUGGGAAUCUCCCGUCAGUCUGGCACGUAGCACCAGAUAAGUAAGCUAAAAUAAUCCAGAAGAAGAAUUUGCAAAUACUGAAUGACCCAGGUCUCACACACACACACACACACACACACACACACACACACACACACACACACACACACACACACACACACACACACACACACACACACACACACACACACACACACACACACACACACACACACACACAAACACACGCUUGCAUUUGUUGCAAGUGUUGUCCUUUUGUUGCCUGUUUGAGCUCUGGAAGAUGUUUCACCACCAACCCUCCAGGGUUUGUUUUUCUGUGAUUACAGUGAACUCGAGCAGAGUCAAAGCAACACGUUCCUGCAGGGUGACACACCUACAUUCCUCACACACACACACACACACACACACACACACACACACAAACACACACACACACACACACACACACACACACACACAGCUCAGUCAGAUAGCAACACGGUUACUUAAGCUGCUGACCUGCUUUCACACUUCAAGCUUAAAGGAAUAGUUUGAUGAUUUGGGGAAAAUUCUAGGGAGGAGCUUUUGUAUAAAUAUGAGGCUACAAUUAGCUCAGCUUAGCAUUAAGACUGGAAACAGAGGGAAACUGCUAGCCUGAUGAUGCCAAAUUAGUUCUUUAGUUCUUUAGACUACAGAACGUUUGAUGUGGUUACAAAAGUCCAAACUUCAGUUUGAGUUAACUGUCUUAAAGCUAAGCGACAUGCCCUUUAAACCUUGUUAAACUUUACAAAGAGCAGGGGAAAAACUGCUGUUUUCUGUUUCACAAGGGUGUAGUACGGAACGUUUUCACGGCUCUGAAAAGCGAAGACUUGAGGAAGUUUUUGCUUUUCAACCGAGAAAAAGUCUGCCGCAAAAUAUGCUUUGAAAUUUGAGCAUUUUACAAUUUGUUCUACCAUAUUUUGUUUUUUGUUCUGAAUUUUCCACACUGUAGGUGUGCUAGCCUCAUUUAGACAGAUCCAGGCUAGCUCCUGCUUCCAUUCUUCAUGCUACGCUAGGCUAGCCAGCUUCAAAUAUAAGCAUGGAGAUCAAUCCAGAGAAAGUUUUCCCAGAAUAUCAAACCAUUUCUCCACCUCUUUCCAACUCUUUGUUGAAGCUUCCCACUUUAAAUAAUCGUUGUAAUCUUGGCUGCAUUUAACCGUGUGAUCAUCUUUCCUUUUGAAAAGCAGCUGUAAGCUCUGUGAUCGGAGAAACCGGUAGUUUUUGGUACUUUUCUGUUGUUUUUUUAAAUCCCGGGGUUGUUGAUUCCUCGAUAAGCUACUCCUGUUAGUUUGAUGUUUCACUCUGGGGUCUACGAGCAUCGCCACGAACAUGGUCAGUGCUCACAUUUCGAAGCUGCACACAGCAGCGCAGACUGGUCUACCAAGGGUUUGUACAUAGUCUUUAGAUAAAAACCACAAAAACAGACAAAAAAAAAUCAACUUGGUACUUCGCCACAACCUGGCAACAAAAAUAUCUACCAAAUAUUUAAAUGCCAAAUAGUUUUCUUUGAUUUUUGAUUGUGUCCCCGCAGUAACGUUCAUGUGAUUUACUGUAAAUGUUUUGAUACUACCAAUGCUAAUACUAACUCGCUCCUCUCAUGUCCUCCAGUGUUUUUAUUUCCUCCAGUAGAUCAUCUUGUUCCUUUUAUUUUGUAUUAAUUUAACUGUCAAAUUAUUUUAUUGCCUUCUUUCAGGUCGGGGUUCCUCCCCUUUUUAAGCUGUUGUAUAUGUGAUUUUAAAAGUUUUAUAUACACUAGUUUGAGAUUUCAGAGGCAAAUAGUUUGAAACUUUUUAUUUUGUAAGAGUUUCUAUUAUCUUUUAGACUUUUUUGCUUUUUUAUUUAUGUUUUUGUUCAUAGAAGGAUUGCUGAUGUGGUUUGGUGUUCAUCUCGUCAUUCAGGGGAUGUGAGCCGCGCCGUCAGCUGCAGACCGAGGCUGGUUACGAGCUGGACAUGUUUGCAUAUUUAGCACACUUUGUGAUACAAUUGGUGACUUUUAAUUUAAAAUUCAAGGUCUCUGCCUUCAAAUUAUAACACUGUGUUGACACACUGCUUCAAGGCCUUUUGAACAUCGUUAACAAACACUGAUUCACGUUUGAACAAAGUAUCAGGCGUCUGGACGAGACGUUAACGUGUCUCUGUGGAGGAGCCUUCCUUUCUUCAGGUGUUAAUCAGCUCCGGUCUGUCGGCGAGGCGCGGAGAGAGAAACGUUUGUUCUGCUGCUUUUUGUCACAAACACCACAUGUGAAUCACCAAUGGAGUGGAGAAGCCAAUGAAUCAUUGGUUUCUGCAGGUUCUGAUUUAUUAUUGGAAAUAAACCUAUUUUUAUGCACAUUAACAUUUUAAAA